GGGCACGCCCCUCUCCCGCCUACCGCUCUGGACCGGCGCAGGCGCAAACCGGGAAGAUGGCGGCGGCUGGAGCUGGCCGCCUGAGGCGGGCGGCUUCCGCCCUGCUCCUCCGGAGCCCCCGCCUGCCCGCCCGGGAGCUGUCAGCUCCGGCCCGGCUGUAUCACAAGAAGGUUGUGGAUCACUAUGAAAAUCCUAGAAAUGUAGGCUCUCUUGACAAGACAUCUAAAAACGUUGGAACUGGAUUGGUGGGUGCUCCAGCAUGUGGUGAUGUCAUGAAAUUACAGAUUCAAGUGGAUGAAAAGGGGAAGAUUGUAGAUGCCAGGUUUAAAACAUUUGGCUGUGGUUCCGCGAUCGCCUCCAGCUCCUUAGCCACGGAGUGGGUGAAGGGGAAGACGGUGGAAGAAGCCUUGACCAUCAAAAACACGGACAUCGCCAAGGAGCUCUGCCUUCCACCUGUGAAACUGCACUGCUCCAUGCUGGCAGAAGAUGCCAUCAAGGCCGCCCUGGCCGAUUACAAACUGAAGCAAGAACCCAAGAAAGAAGAUGCAGAGAAGAAAUGAGUCAUUGGCAGAGCUCCCGCAGGUCGCGUUACUUUGCCCGUUGCCGCACGAACACUUUCAACUUCCAGAAGCUCCUCGCACUAUUUAAAAAGAAGCUGUGAGAUACGCACAAUAUUUCCCACCCACAUUGCAACUCUAAUGCAAGCAAAAUAUACCGUUUAAUUGUUCUGCGUCCCGUGGUUUCUUUCAGCUCACUUUUAUUGCCUUAAGGUACUUAGUGUAUAUUUUAAAUUACAUGCGUGGCCUCAGAACGGAAAUCAGUGAAGUCUUAAGUUCUGAUAGCCCACAAAGUGUGUAAGUGUCUUAUUCUACCUGAAUCUAUUUUGGGGAAGGUUACCAGGAGAAUGCCUUGGUCUGAAUACUUGAUAGAACCAAUUAUUGUACAUAAAACAGAUCUGCAUAUAUAUAUUAUAAUAAAAGAAUAUAAGAUGAC